AUGACUUUGGGUGACCCCUAUAGCCCUACCCCAUCCAGGUGGAUUCUCUCCCGAACUAACGAUGGGACCACCGUCCAAGCUCUCACCAGUUACGGAGCCCCCACUUUCAGGUUUGACCUCUGUGCCCUCUUGGGACCAGGAUGGAAUCAAAACCGGGCUAUGCGGGACCCUAUCGCUGGGGGAAGGGGAUACUGCCCCACUAUUCCCACCACUCCAACCAUACCCGGGGCAGGGGAAGUGAGAAUCAGAAGUAUUGAAUUCUAUGUUUGUCCGGCCACGGGGAAUCCUUCCUGUCAGGGUAGUAAUCACUUUCACUGCGCAGAAUGGGGUUGUGAGACUGUGGCCAGGUGGAUUCCUAGGGGCGGCCGGGACCCCCUAAUCACCCUGGAGAGACAAAGCCCCCUCCCCGCCUCCUGCUGGCCUGGGAAAUGUAACCCUAUGAUUCUAACAGUCAAGCAGGACACUGAUGACUCUUGGAAUCUCGGGCAUUUUUGGGGUUUAAGGUUAUACAUGACUGGGUGGGAUAAUGGGGUCCUUUUUACCAUUCAGAAAAUCGCAGUUCCCACCCGUACACUCCCAAUAGGUCCGAAUCCCAUCCUUAACCCACAAGCCAUGUUGACUCUCGCCCCACCAUCUGUUAGGGACCUGGUACCAGAGGCUCCCGAAAAUCCAGAGACCCUCACUAACCUAGACAAGCCUAGACUUACCCUAGACGAUGUCCAGGGCAAAGGAAUGUGUUUGCUCGGGCCUGACUACCCGCUGCGGUCCUCCCCGUUCAACGCUACGUGCACUUCAGUCAUUCUUAUUUCCCCCACAUCCAAAAGCUCUGACCUCCUGUUAACCGCCCCACCUGGAGUAUGGUUCGCUUGUACCAGAGGACUCACCACCUGCAUACAGGACAUUCGUUUCCUCAACCCGACCGAGCUCUGUGUAGUAGUGCAUGUCUUUCCUCAGGUAUAUGUCUACUCAGAGGAAGGGGCAGCUGAGCAUUUUGGCCUAACUCGCUCCAGGAGGGCUGUACCUAUCUUGGUUCCUAUAUUGGUGGGACUCGGAGUGGCCGGCUCCGCUGCUGUUGGGGCCUCAGCCCUGAUACAGGGGAAAGCCAACUACGGUGCCUUGAGUGCACAGGUAGACAGGGACCUACGCUCCUUGGAAGAGCUAGUCUCACACCUUGAGACUUCCCUAGACUCUCUGGCCGAAGUGGUUCUCCAGAACCGCCGAGGCUUGGACCUACUGUUCCUCAAACAGGGAGGCUUAUGCAUGGCGUUGGGAGAAACCUGCUGUUUCUACGCCAAUCGGUCUGGAGUUAUUCGGGAGUCCUUGCAAGCCUUUAGGCAGCGGUUAGAUGAGAGGGACCGCGCACGGGCAACGGGGUCUUCUUGGUAUCAGACCCUGUAUAAUUGGUCCCCCUGGCUAACCACCCUACUCUCCGGAGUGGUGGGCCCUCUGGCCCUUCUCCUCCUUGGGUUACUCGUGGCCCCUUGUUUCAUAAAAUGCAUAACCCGCUAUGUCCAGAAACGAGUGCAAGCACUCCAGUUGUUUGUCCUGCGUCAAUCCUAUGCUCCUCUGGACUCUGAUGAGUCCCCUGUCUGA